CUCAUAUGGACGACGACGACGACGACCACCGCCACCGCCGCCGCAACCACCGCCACAACCUCAACCUUCCUCCGUUCCCCCCCACCACUCCCCUCUCUCCUCCUCCUCCUCCUCCUAAAAAUUCCCCCGUCCCAAUUCUUCCCCACCCGCCCUUGGGAUUCUCCCUCCGCACUCCACAAUCCUAUUUCGUCCCACCCUCCUUGCUCUCCUACGGCUUCCCCAUUGGAAACGAGCCUAUCAAUCCCCUUUUGCCUAAAGACGAUGGCCGAAGAGGCUUGGAUGCUUGGACCACUAAAGUGGCUAGAAGUAAGAGAAGACUCGCCCGCCAAAGAAGCCUCAGCGUCACUAAACCCCCUUCUUCUUCCUCCUCCUCUUCUGGGCUCGCCGGUAGCAGCGACCACCAUUCCAAACGAAUAACAGUAACUCCUUCUCAACCCAACAGAACCCACAAUCUCAAUCUCUCCACCCUCAGCACCCCAAAUAAGGUAUUGAGAAUAUUGCUGAAGAAAGAGCUGAAGAACAGUGAUGUCGGGUCUUUGGGCAGGAUUGUCCUCCCCAAGAGGGAAGCUGAAGAGAAUCUUCCAUUUCUGAGUGAUAAGGAAGGAAUGCAAAUUUUGAUAAGAGAUGUGAAUUCGAACAAGAAAUGGUCCAUGAAAUACAAGUACUGGGCAAACAACAGGAGUAGAAUGUAUGUUCUUGAAAGCACAGGGGAUUUCGUUAAAGAAAAUGGGCUGAUGAUGGGAGAUUUAAUUACCCUUUACGAGGAUGAUAGCAGGAACUUCUACGUGACGAUUGAUAAAGGGGAGAAGCAUUUAAGCAGGGACGAAAAUGAGGAGAAAAGGAAAGAGGCGGCGGCAGCAGCAGCAACAGCUUCAGCUUACCCAAACAUGAACAUUAAGGACGAAGAAGAGGAUGACAAUUUAGCUCUGUUGAUCGAACAGCUCAAACACAGAUCAGAAGACGACGAGCUCCCACAGUCACCUUGCGCCACUAGCCUCCUACUUUCACGUUCAUACUUUGAGAGAGGGAGCUAUACGGGAGCUGAAAAAGGGAAUGACAACAAUGAUAAUCAUAAUUAUAAUAAUGAUAAUGAUAAUAAUGAUAAUGAUAAUAAUGGGAAGGAAGUGGAAGCCUUUGAAGAUUGCUUUGGAGACCUUGAAAUUCUGCCGGAAGUUAGUGGGUUCAAAUUCCCUAUUCUAGACUAUUUGAGAAACGACAGAAUAUGAACAAAACAACAUAAACACAGUAGUUGUUGUUGUUGUUGUGUACUGUUAUUAUAUAAUGUGUAUGUACUUAUGUCCUUUGUUGUUG